AUGACUUUUCUGAACGCUACAAACACACCAUUUGGUACCAACAGUGUCACCCAUGUAGCCACAGGCUCCAAUGUUAUAGCAGUCUCCCAGCAACAAAAUCUUACUGCUAUCGUUCCCACAAUUACCUCUAUCCAGACCGCCACAUCCUCAGUUUCUAAUCCUGGAGGUUUGAUUCCAUUAACACCUACCACCAUCAUCUCGUUCCCCUUCCCUCUGACUAGGCUUAAAGCCACUAACUACGUGUUGCCUAUCUCCGAAGACAACGUUUCUUCGGACGAGUAUGUUCUCACCGUGACUUCAUCAAGCCAAACGAAUACCAGAAGCAUGUAUUCCUCGCAUAAAGUCGAAUCCACAGGCCAAUUAGGAGGACAGAGUGGAGCGGUACUCCCACACAUGUACAGUACAAAUACGAUUUUGGGGACGUCUUGGGCGGUAUGUCCUAUUUUGUAUCCAUUCCCCUGGAUUAUCAAGCUAAAAUUGAUCAAGCCUGUAACGACGAUGUGA